UMUGUGAUGCGAUUAGGCACACGUGUGGUCUAUUUUGUUAUAAAAUYCUGUCGAAAUAAUCAUAUAAAAUACCCCAAAACAUUUUCUGAUUGGAGGGGGAACGGCCAAGGCUCAAUCAAUAUGUCGAUUGAAAGAAAGAGUACUGCUAAGGUAGAUUUCCUCAAAUCUGUUGAAGCAGAGGUGCAGAAAAAAUGGGAUCAAGAAAAGGUUUUUGAAAUGGAUGCUCCUGAAACUGGAUCAGAACCUGGAGGGAGUGGAAAGUUUUUUUGUACUUUUCCUUAUCCAUACAUGAAUGGAAAGCUUCAUCUUGGCCACACAUUUUCUUUGUCGAAGGCUGAGUUUGCCUCAGGAUACAAUAGACUGCAAGGAAAACAUGCCUUGUUUCCAUUUGCUUUCCACUGCACUGGAAUGCCUAUAAAGGCGUGUGCUGAUAAACUAAAAAGAGAAAUGAAUGACUUUGGAAAUCCUCCAAGUUUUCCUGCUGAAGAUAAAAAUGAGGAUACAAGUGUCCAGCUUAAGAGCAAAGUGGCUGCCAAGACAGGUGGAAGCAAAUAUCAAUGGCAAAUUAUGCAGUCACUUGGAAUACCUGAUGAUCAGAUUCCAAAGUUUGCUGCCACAGAUUACUGGUUGGAGUAUUUUCCACCACUAGCAAAAGCUGAUUUAAAGGCUAUGGGAUUAAAGGUUGAUUGGCGUCGGUCUUUCAUCACAACGGAUGUCAAUCCUUAUUAUGAUUCAUUUGUAAGAUGGCACUUUUGGACCCUGAAGAAAAGAGGAAAAGUAAAGUUUGGAAAAAGAUAUACAAUUUACUCUCCAAAAGAUGAUCAACCAUGUAUGGAUCAUGACAGGCAAAGUGGCGAGGGAGUUGGACCACAAGAGUACACUGUGGUUAAAAUGAAGGUGGUUCCACCAUUCAAAGGGAAAUUGAGUUUGUUAGCUGGUAAAGAUGUCUACCUUUUAGCAGCAACUCUUAGACCAGAGACCAUGUAUGGACAAACCAAUUGCUGGGUUAGACCAAAUAUGAAGUACAUAGCCUUUGAGAGCAACAUUACCAAUGAAGUAUACAUUUGUACCAGUCGCUCAGCAAGAAACAUGUGUUAUCAAGGGUUUACAUCCAUAGAUGAAGUGAAUGUUUUGGUUGACCUAACUGGUCAGGACAUCAUGGGUCUUGCAUUACAAGCACCUCUGACCUCRAACAAAGUUGUAUACACACUACCUAUGCUGACUAUAAAAGAAGAUAAAGGAACUGGUGUAGUUACAUCUGUCCCAUCAGAUGCGCCAGAUGACUUUGCUGCACUAAGAGACUUAAAGAACAAACAAGAUUUCCGUAAGAAGUUUGGUGUAACAGAUGACAUGGUUAUUCCUUAUAAUCCCAUCCCUAUCAUCGAAGUACCAGGAUAUGGWAAUUUGUGUGCUGUUAAAGCAUGUGACGACUUGAAGAUAAAAAGUCAAAAUGAUCGUGAUCAGCUAUCAGAAGCAAAAGAUGUCACAUACAAGAAAGGCUUCUACGAGGGUGUCAUGAUUGUAGGUGAUUUCAAGGGACAAAAAGUACAAGAUGUUAAGAAACUUGUGCAAAAARAGAUGUUAGAUGCCGGGAAUGCUCGUAUUUACAUGGAGCCAGAGAAGUUGGUCAUAUCUCGUUCUGGUGAUGAGUGUGUAGUGGCACUGUGUGAUCAAUGGUACCUGGACUAUGGCGAGCAGUCAUGGAAAACAGUCACAGAAGAAGCUCUCUCCAUGUGUAACACAUAUUCUGAUGAUACACGGAAGAACUUUAUUGCUACACUAGAUUGGCUGCAUGAGCACGCCUGCUCUAGGUCAUAUGGUCUAGGUACAAGAUUACCCUGGGAUGAGCAGUAUCUCGUGGAAUCUCUAUCAGAUUCCACUAUAUACAAUGCUUAUUACACAGUGGCUCACCUGCUUCAAGGGGGUGUUUUUGAUGGCUCCUCUGGGAGUCCACUGGGAAUUAGGGCUGACCAGAUGACUGUUGAUGUAUGGGACUAUGUGUUCUUUCAAGACGUUUCAUUUCCAAAGACAGAAAUAAAACAGGAAGUUUUGGAUAAACUUCGRCAAGAGUUUCAGUAUUGGUACCCAGUCGACCUCCGCGUGUCUGGCAAGGACUUGGUACCUAAUCACCUGACAUAUUACCUCUACAAUCACACAGCUGUUUGGGCCGAUGAAAAAGAGAAGUNGCCGCGUGGAGUUCGUGCCAAUGGGCAUUUAUUGUUAAAUUCCGAAAAGAUGUCCAAGUCAACUGGUAACUUCCUUACUUUACGCCAAGCUAUUGAUAAGUUUUCUGCAGACGGUAUGAGGUUGGCCCUGGCAGAUGCUGGUGAUACCUUGGAAGAUGCAAACUUCGUCGAAAAGAUGGCUGAUGCUGGAAUUUUACGUCUCUUCACAUUUCACGAAUGGAUUAAGGAAAUGUUGGAGGAAAAAGAGCCUCUUCGGACAGGAUCCUGUGAUUUAUUUGAUGACAGAGUUUUUGAAAGUGAAAUCAACCGAGCGAUACGUCUUACUCAGGAGAACUACGAUAAUAUGAUGUACAGAGAAGCACUAAAAACUGGCUUCUAUGAACUGCAAGCAUCACGUGACAAGUACCGCGAGGUGUGCGUUGAUGGGAUGCACAAAGACCUGAUUACCAGGUUUAUAGAGGURCAAACUCUUCUUCUUUCUCCAAUUUGUCCGCAUCUGUGUGAUUAUAUUUGGAACAUGAUUGGCAAGAAAGGAAGCAUCAUUAAAGCUUCGUGGCCUGUGGCUGGUAAGGAAGAUGAUGUCCUUCUUCAGGCGUCAGCCUAUUUAGAAAACAUUACUCACGAAUUGAGACUUAGGAUCAAAAGUUUAACCGCACCUAAAACUAAGAAGCAGAAAACUAGUGCUCCACCACCAAAACCUGAUCACGGUCUCAUUUAUGUUGCAAGUUCAUUCCCUCCAUGGCAACAUGUAACACUGAUGACAUUGAAAAGCUUGUAUCAUAGCAAUGGCGGCAGUUUCCCCGACAACCGUGAUAUUAUGAAAGAGCUGAAAUCUAAGCCGGAAGUUCAAAAGUACAUGAAGAAGCUUAUGUCGUUUGUGCAGUUCGUGAGAGGUAACGUAGAAAAGGACGGCUUGUCUGCCAUGGAUACCGCACUUGCAUUUGAUGAACGAAAGGUUUUGAUGGAAAACCAACGAUACCUGAAGAAAGCAUUGGGGCUGGACCAGAUUGAAAUCAUGUCAUCUCGUGAAGGUGAUACCAAAGUGCAGGAAGACUGUGCUCCAGGCAAGCCGUAUGCAGUUUUUUCCUCAAAACAAAACAUGGUGAAUGGCGUUGACCAUGGAAUCUCAGAAAAGGCACCGUUGUCCAAACCUGUGUGUAGAUUUGUUAACGUCCAACUUGUUGGUGCAAAGCCUGCUUGUGGUGCAAACGGCAGCAGGGCAACAAUUUUGCUAGAAAACCCCAAAGGAGAGUUCCUCUUGGAUUACUGUCAGUUGCGUGACCAGGUCAAAUCAGUGUUUGGUCUUCGGGACAGAAAGUUGAUUCUUUGUGGAAGUAUGAAUUGUGAUAAAGAGAUAAGCAACGAUGUAGUAAAUCUUCACGGCAGCACAAUUUAUGCCUUCUUAAAGAAAUAAUACUGAGAACUAUUAAAAUUAUUUAGCAUUAUGUAACUUCUUGUAAGUCACUUAAAAUGAUUGCAAAAAAAUAUUUUUCUCAUCUGUAUGAACAUUGUGUGAACUGCCUCUUGCAGUCAGCCAAUCAGUGCACGAGAAUUCACACAAGUGUGGUAAAAAGUCCUCUKACACGUUUAAUAAAUUAUUAGUUAUUAGUCUGUAUUUAAUAAURGUGUGUAUCAAUGAACCGGAACUGGUUCAGAACACUAUUAGUCAAUAAAUACUAAUAAAACCA